CAUAAGAAAAAACCCACAUUGGCAAUGUCUAAGCUCAGGAAUCUUGUACCAGCCACAACCUCUCCCCUCCAUGCACCAGCUUCGAACGGGAGCUGUGUCGCGUACGAGAGGGACGCGCUUCUCUCCGUCAAGGAGAGCCUCUGGGAGCCCAGUGUCAACCUCUCGUCGUGGCAAGGUGAAGAAUGCUGCAACUGGAAAGGCGUCAGGUGCAGCUACAAAACCGGCCACGUCGUCAAGCUCAAUCUUCGUGGAAGUGCUCAAGACUGCCUCAGAUACUCUGCAUAUAGAGGUGCGAUAAGCCACUCCUUGGUUACUUUACAGCAACUGAGGUAUCUAGACUUGAGCUGCAAUAGCUUCAACUGGUCUGAGAUACCGGAGUUCAUUGGUUCUUUUCCGAGCCUUAGAUAUCUAAACCUUUCAUAUAGCUUGUUCUAUGGGAGAGUACGCCCGCAUAUUGGGAACCUCUCCAAGCUUGCUUACCUGGAUCUCAAACUCCCAAGUUAUAACAUAUUGUACUCAAGUGAUCUUCGGUGGUUAUCACACCUGUCAUCACUGAAGCACCUCGACUUGAGCUAUAUUAACCUUACCACUGCAGUGGACUGGGUCCACCAAAUUAACAUCCUUCCAAACCUUAGAAAGCUUUAUCUACAACAUACUGGCCUCAGAAGCACACCUCCUUUCCUUGAUCAAUCCAAUCUUACGGCACUUGAGGUGCUUGACAUCUCAUGGAACAACUUCAACACCACCAUUGCUCCCAACUGGUUUUGGAACACAACGUCCCUCACUUCUCUAAACUUGCAAGCUUGUAGAUUCUAUGGCCCUAUUCCGGAACACAUUGGCAGCAUGGCCUCUCUUGAAGCAAUUUAUUUCUCGGGUAAUGAUCUCAUGUCCACCAUGAUACCAUCAAAUUUCAAAAAUCUGUGCAAUCUGAAGAUACUAGAUUUAUCAGGCAGCGACAUCUCAGGGGACAUCACAGAGUUGAUGGAGCGGUUACCAAACUGUCCUUCAAACAAGAUGCAAGUGUUGGAUUUGACUGAUAGUAUGGUAAGUGGCCCCAUGCCCAAUAUGGCAGGACCUCUUACAAACCUGACCUGCUUGGCCCUGUCUCAAAAUAAGCUUACAGGACCUAUACCGCAAUGGAUAUGGUCACUCACCGAAUUGCUUAUUUUGGAUCUAGAUGGAACCGAACUAAAUGGCGUAGUCACUGAAGAUCACCUAAAACGCCUUACAAAUUUGAAGAUCUUAGGUUUGGGCAAAACACUUCUUGAGAUCAAGGUCAGUCCGGAUUGGGUUCCUCCAUUCAAACUACGAGCAGUUGUCUUACAGGGUUUGCAGCUAGGGCCGGCGUUCCCAUCAUGGCUUAGAUCACAGACAAGCCAUGAAACCCUUAUGAUUGCAAAUGCAAGCAUAACUACAAUCCCAGAUUGGUUUUGGGUUGCAUUUUCAAGGGCAAAAAUUGUGGAUCUGUCCUAUAAUCAGAUAACUGGCACACUACCAGCAACAUUGGAAUUUAUGGCAGCAGAAGUAAUGGCUCUGUGCAGCAACAGAUUUACCGGUACAAUUCCAAAAUUUCCGAGAAAUACUAAAAUCAUGUACUUGUCAGUAAACUCUUUAUCAGGGACAUUGCCAUCAGAUUUCGGGGCACCGUUGUUGCAGGUUAUUAGCCUCUAUAACAAUUCAAUAUCAGGUCCGAUUCCAUCUUCAUUAUGCUCGUUGUCACAAUUGGCUUUUGUAGACCUAUCAGGGAACAAGCUGACAGGAGAAGUUCCAAGUUGUGAAGAGGAUUCUAACCCACCCAUGCAUAAUCUUAAUGUGGUAAAUUUGAAUACCAACAAUCUUUCAGGAGAGUUCCCAAGAGUUUUUCAAACCUGCCCCAACCUUGUUUUUGUUGAUCUUUCAUACAACAAAUUCUCUGGAGACCUACCCCUCUGGAUAGGGGUGAAGUUACCGUACUUAGCAUUGUUACGCUUGCGGUACAAUAUGUUUUCUGGCCAAAUUCCCACUGAAAUUGGAAAAUUUCAAGAGCUACAGUUUUUAGAUCUUGCACACAAUAACUUCUCAGGAAGCAUGCCGAACUCAUUAGUUAACUUGAGUGCAAUGGCCCGCACUUCUGGAUAUAGCAAUGUUCUUGGUAAUGCCAUUCAUCAUAGACAAGGGCCUAUUUUGUACAAUCUAGUAUAUGUUGAUAUCAAUGUAUUUUAG